UCUUGGAGGUGCCAGGGCAGGAACGCCUACCCUGCCAUGCUGAGCUGUCUGCCCUCCAGACUGCCAGCCAGGAUGUGGAGCAGAACUUCAGAAAAUCAGUCAUGGAAGGACAGCAGACAGAUCCCUUCCCAGUGUCUUAUCCAUAGACUUGACCACAUUGUGAUGACAGUGAAGAGCAUCGAAGAUACCACCAUGUUCUAUUCCAAGAUCUUGGGCAUGGAGGUCAUCACUUUCAAGGGAGACCGGAAAGCAUUGUGUUUUGGAGACCAGAAAUUUAACCUCCAUGAGGUGGGAAAGGAAUUUGAACCCAAAGCUGCUCAUCCAGUUCCAGGCUCCCUGGACUUAUGUCUGAUCACAGAGGUGCCUUUGGAGGAGAUGAUCCAGCACCUCAAGGCUUGUGAUGUCCCUAUUGAGGAGGGUCCAGUCCCCAGAACAGGAGCAAAGGGGCCUAUUAUGUCCAUCUACUUCCGAGACCCAGACAGAAAUCUAAUUGAGGUGUCCAACUAUGUCUCCUCAUGAGUGAGCCUGGUCCUCAGCCCUUCUGUUCCUGUCAGUGUCACCCUCUCCCUUCCUUCCUGAAAACCCUUGCCCAGGCCCAGAGACCUUCAUGGACUGAGGACUUCAACAGUUCACACAUCCUGUUGAGGGCAUGUGAGAUAGGUUUGAGACCAACCUACAUGUCUGGAUGAUCUCCAUUCAAGCUGUGCCAAAAAACGGAUAAUCCACCAUAGUGACCUCUUUGUUCUUUUUGUCUCAGCACUUCACCUGGGGCUUGUCUAGGAUAUGAGUCCUCUGAACUCUUUAGAGGUCCAUGACUGGUUGUGACCAAAUCCAGCUCAUCUUCCAGGGAUUCAACACCUCUGAUGGGUUUCUACUUGUCUGUGCUCCAUCCUUCCUCCUUAUCUGACUUGCCUCAUUCCUCCAGCUUCUCAUUUCCCUUCACCCUAUGGGCCUCAAUGAACCUCAGGAUCUGUACAAUUCCUAUGGACUCUUCCAGGACCAGCCCAGAUAAUGCCACCUCCUCCUGCAGAGCCUUCUCUGGUCUCAUUCCCAGGGCUUCUAGCACUUUCUCCCUUAUUGAGGCUUAGCUGCUGAGUAUAUGGGAUAAGGUCAAGUUUCUUCUGUUUCUGUCCCCCCUACCACUGCCACACAUUUCACUCAAUCAGUCAACUAAAACACAUAUAUUGAGCACCUACUGUGUUGUGGGCCCUGUCCUAGGCAUUGGAGAGAUGGUGUUGAACAAAAAGGAUAAGUAUAUCUAUGCUUGUAGCACUGCCACUCUAGUGGGAAAGAUAAAAAAUAAGUAAAAUUAAAAGGGUGUUGGGGGCUAGGGUUGUGACUCAGUGGUAGAGCACUUGUCUAGCAUGUGUGAGGCACUGGGUUCG